AUGUCGCGCCCGCAGGUCAGCAUCGACCGGUUGACGCCGCGACGGGCGACGAUUGAACCACGUGAGGCCAUGAAUUGCAAAUCCUGUCGCAAGCGCAAGAUCAAAUGCAAUCGUUUACGGCCGAGUUGUGAGGCCUGUAAGGUCUUCCAGUGUCCCUGCAUCUAUGGUGAGCGCGCGCAUCGUCCCCCGCUCCCUCGAUUUCCCCCCUCCAUCUUAUCCCCCCACACUUUUUUUCCUCGGAUAUCCGACCUUGGGAGUCUCUGCGCCUUCUCCACACAUGCCUCGGAUGCAAUCCCAAAAAAGCGCGGACCCAAGACAGACGUCCUUGAAGCGCUCCUGAAACGCGUCGAUGGAUUGGAGAAAAAACUGCAAGAUGAGAAAAGUUCCAUCUCCCCAACGUCUCCGCGGGAGCAACAAUCGGACGAAGGGCCUCCGCAUGCGCCCGUGGCCGUAGCUCCGGCCGCGACGAACAGCGCCCGUCGCAAGACGAUCGACGCCUCAUCCUAUACGAUUCAUCCCGCGGUCGAGUCAAGGCCGCCCCUGCCAUCCGGUCUUUCGCAUGGCGCCGAGACAUUUCCCACUGCAACUGGGCAGAGUCCCUCUACAGGCGUCUCAGCGAAAUCGCCAGCGUCGCAGCAUAAUUCGCUUUCUGAUGGUGUGCUCAACGCGUUUUUUGCCCGGCUACAUGGAAAGCCAUUUCACAUUCUCGAUGAAGCCGAAACUCGUCAACGCCACCAGGCCAAUCUGUUACCGACCCAUCUGGCCAUGGCGAUCUCGGCCAUGACAAUUAGAUAUACGGUCGUCGGUCAGCGGGAUCAAGCAUACGCUCUGCGAAUGGGCCUGGAAACGGCGAUGCAAGCGCGACGAAUGGUCGAUGUUGAUGAUCCGACAAUUGAUGGGUUGCAAUCUCUGCUUCUGCUUUCCCAAGCCUUCUUUGCUUAUGGCAUGGGAAAGAAGGCAUAUAUGACAUUUUCGAAUUGUGCGGCCAUGGCGGUGGCGCUGGACCUUCUCCGAGAGAUGCCAUCCAAGGCAAACGUCUCCGCCUCUGAACGGGAGACACGACGACGACUCUUUUGGUCGAUUUACUUGAUGGACCGCUUCAUCACCUGCGGGUCCAAGCGACCGUGUCUGAUUGCCGACCACUCCAUCGUUUUGCGAUUGCCUUCGUGGUCGCCCCAUGCAGCUGGUCUCAGUAUCGAGGGCGAAUUGUUCCACGUUGGUCCUAACAUUCAAUACUCGGCCGACUCGCGCCGCAAAUCGCCCAGUGCGGCAUCCUUGCUGAUUGAUAUCACACGGAUCUUGGGCGUUACAAAUCGAUACUUGGCUGCUGGAGGUGUCAAAGGAGACUCACAUUUUCCAUGGCAUGCUCUUUCUAAUCUGUCCAAGAUCAGGCAAGAAUUGGACAUUUGGGCGGCGGGCACCCAGGACGUUUUUUCUUCGAUCGAGGCCCUAUUUGGUCACCCGGAGAGCACCACUUUACUGCUGAGCAAGCUGAUCUACCACCUCGUGCACUGUCUAAUAUAUCGCCCAUUCCUGCCUAUUGACUUGGUGGAAUUGCGAGGAACGGGGCAACACCAGUCCUGGCAGAUUGAAGCCACCAAUCUCUGUUUCUCCCACUCCAACGCCAUUGCUGAGUUGGUCGAGCUCGGUCGAAAUGCUCCCUUAAUCGAAUGGCCCGCCUUUGUCGGGUAUUGUGUAUGCACGGCUGGAACCGUCCACGUUCACGGGGUGCAUUACAAGGGGCGUGAGGGGGAGGUCUUUUCCUCGAGUGCAGAAUUCCUGACCCGGGAGAUGCACCAGCUGGCCUGGUUGCGAACUGCGUGGGCGGGCGUGCAGCAUCAGCGGGAGCUGCUUCAAAGCAUCUACACUUGUCACACUGAGUUGGUGCGAAAUCUUGCGAGUAGCUCUAUGCGCUUUUCGCCGGUUUUCCAUCUUGAGGAUUUCCUGGAUCGAUACGCCGGCCUCGCAGUGGACGGUGCACAUGUGCAGUUGGUCGACACCGGGGACGAGCUCAUAAACAGUCCUUCUGCGUUCGGUGAUCAACAGGCGCAAUCGCACACAUACCGGCCGAUGGCACCACCAUCAUCUUAUCAACAACAGACCCCUUUCUACGGUAAUAAUCUUCGUCCGACACCACCUACACUUCCAUCAUCACAUACUCCAGAAUCAUCGCGCCGUCGUAAUGGUUCUCAAUCACAAGCUCAAUCCUACCAUACUGAGAAUCUACACCAACAACCUCCGUCCUCCUCUUCCUCCGCUCUGUCGCCAGUCCUCCAUUUCCAUCGCACCCAAGCUCAGCAAUCUCAACCUUCACCAGGGCUUUCUUCCAUCUUCCACAUGCAGUCCACCCCCGAACAUCUCUCCCACUCUAACGGUCACUCGAACCACGAUCCAACACAACAUCUUGCGAUCCCCAAUGCCUUCUCUCCCAGCGCCUUCGCUCUUUCACCACCGGCCUUUCUCGCAGACUCUUCUCUCGGCAUUGCCCCAACUCCUCCCUCUCAUCCCCAAUACGCGACCUUCCCCUUUGACACGAACAUCAAUCAGUCCGGUGCAGCUUUGACCCCGGGCGCCCAGUCACAGACAAGUGGCUCUCACACAGCGAGCAGUGAAACGGGGAAUCUUGAGAAAGACCCCUUCCUGAGCCUUUUGGAGCAAUUGGCGGAGAAUGAACACUCCCAGGGGGGUCCUAGUGAAUUGGACUUUUUCCUGACAGGGGCCAUGGAUGCUGUCGAGAGCGAUAUGCAUCAAGUGCAUGGCAAGGCGGGCUCGUCAGGCAAGACUGUUGGUGACGCACGGGAUGUAUCCGAUCAUCUUGCGACAGGUGUGAAUAUGGACAACUCGAACGUGAGCCGGUAA